AGCCUCAGUCAUCUUCCUGGGAGCACUAACAAUUUCUAUUGACUGGACUCUCCCAACCCUUUGCUAGAGUGAAGCCACUGAAGAUUGGAGACAGUUCAAAAUAAAGAAAUUAUCUUCUAGUUUAAGCUUUCUCUGUGAGACAAAGCAAAGAGUAAUGUCCCCACUGAUGCAGCCAGAAGCCAUCUUCCUAAACAUUGCACUAUUCCUGAGUCUUUGCUUCCAAUCAGUUUGCUUCACGGAAAACUGGCUGGUGGAUGUAAAUCCACCUCCUAAAACUUGUGACAGUGAUGAAUGCAAAGUGGAAGGAAAUGAUUGUACACACAUCAAGGAAUUAUUUCCCACUGCAUCAAGUGGUGUGUAUGCGAUUCAGCCAAUAGGAAAAUCCAAACCAUUUAAGGUAUUUUGUGACAUGGAGGAUGAUGGAGGUUGGACAGUAUUCCAAAUUAGAAAUGGUUUAGAUUCCCUGAAUUUUUACAAAGGUUGGACUGAAUACAAGGAAGGAUUUGGACACCCUAGCUGUGAACAUUGGCUGGGACUGGAAAACAUUUACUCACUGACUAACCAGGCAAACAAGACAUUUAAACUCCGGGUAGACUUAAAGGAUUUUGAAGACAGCAAUGCACAUGCAGAAUAUUCCAAAUUCUGGAUUGACAGUGAAACAGAAUUUUACAGACUUCACCUGGGGAAUUACUCAGGAAAUGCAGGUGAUGCAUUCAAAGGACUAGGACCCCCCGAAAAGGACCAAAAUGGUCAUAUGUUCAGUACUUAUGACCAGGACAAUGAUGAUUGCAAACCUUGUAUCUUUGGUGACAUUUUAAUUGAAAGUUGCAGUGUUAUGCUUAGUAGUGGAUGGUGGUUUAGUCAAUGUGGAAUGGCAGAUCUGAAUGGGGACUGGCAUCCAAAAGGUAAUAAUAUUGGCUGGAUGUCUGGAGUGCACUGGAAAACUUGGAAACAGGUGCCGUAUUCACUGCAAGCCAGUCAAUUAAGAGUUGUAUCGGUGUAAAUUCCUUACAUCAAUCUCCUCAUUUAUGGUUGUAUUAAACAAACAGUAAAAAAAAAAAAAUCUUUCAAUAUCUUACAAAUAUAAACAUUUUACCUAAUUAUUACUGAAUCAGUUUUUAAAAGCUGUUAUAAACAAACAUUUUGUAUUUUAACUAUUGAUGAUUAAAAUGUGUGAUUUAGCUUGUUUAAUUAAACCUAUAAAAUACAAAUAGAAAUGCUGGAAAUGCUCAGCAGGUCAAGCAAGAUCUGUGAAGAGAGAAACAGUGCUAAUGUUUCAGACUGAUGACUCCUCAUCAGAAGUUCUGAAAAUGGGUCAUUAACACUGUUUCUCUCUCCACAGAUCUUGCUUGACCUGCUGAGCACAUCCAGUAUUUUCUGUUUUCAUUUCAGAUUUCCAGCAUCCGCAGAAUUUUGCUGAAAUAUUUUUGCUUUGUUGU